AGCAUGUUUUCAAAAAGUAUUUUUUAACAACACAUUGUGCAAGAUACUUUCUCUUUAAAAAUUAAAGACAAAACUUGUUGAUAUUUCACAAGUUUUUGACGAAAAAUGUUUUAUAAUUAAAGUUAAGUGAUGAGUGAGAAAUGGAGUGAAUUACAGUAUUAAACAAAUCUUGUGUUAACGCGCAGUGAAACUUAACGAAAACAUAACCUCACAUUUUUGUUUUGUUUACGUUUUUAGAAAUCGUCAGACUGCGAGUUGAUUUCUAUAUGUAUUGGAUUCCAGCUUGUAGAUUUACAAAGAGCACAAUAUAGUGAAUAUUGAGUUAUUAAAAAAAAGUAUUAUUUUAUUACUAAUUUUUUAAAAAUGCAAUUAUCGGAGUUCAAUAGACCAACAUUAUAGUGACUAAUAGCCGCGUGCUGAUAUGAAAAGAGGAGGAUAAUAUUAUCUUGAAACAACUCUUCCUCUUUACAAUUGUGUCAAUACAUGAAUACUUUAUAAAUACUGUGAAGUAAUAUCUUAAAGAAUUUGAAAAGAGAAUAAUUUAUUUGCAUUGAGAGAAAAGGGAAAAGAGCUCAAAUCAUUUUCCUCCUGUACAAAGGAAGCACAAAUUCAAAGGAAAUUUUGUACGCACUUGUAUCAGUAUUAUUAUAGCAAAGGAAAAGAGUAAUUAUAAUGGAACCUGAUCAUGAAACGGUGACAAGAGAUUAUACGGAAGUAAUUAGAAGACUUUCGUGGCCAAUUAAAUUAGGAUAUGGCACAGGGCAUGUCCUCAACGAUAUUUGUGCCUCUAUGUGGUUUUCCUACCUGUUGGUGUAUUUUCACCUAGUUUUAGGCUUCAGUCCUCUAAUGGCUGGUGUUAUUUUAUUAAUUGGACAGGUCGCAGACGCUCUGGCAACACCUUUUGUCGGUUAUCAUUCUGAUAAUUCCGCUGAUUUCUGGUUAUGUCGCUAUGGAAAAAGAAAAACAUGGCAUUUAUUAGGGACAUUUUGCGUGGUUUUUGCUUUUCCAUUUAUAUUUUCGCCUUGCAUUGGAUGUAAAAAUGCCCAUGAAUGGUCACAAUUAAUUUACUACGCGGCAUUUGUGGUGAUUUUUCAAUUUGGAUGGGCUUCUGUGCAAAUUUCUCAUUUAUCCUUAAUUCCCGAUUUGACACCAACGGAACAUGAGAGAACAGAACUUACUGCUAUAAGAUACAGUUUCACUGUUUUUGCAAAUGUUCUCGUUUAUUGCAUAUUUUGGGCAGUAUUACACGUGACUAGUGAAGAUUCAGCUACCAAUCAAAUUGGACCAAAAGAUGUGUCUAAUUUUCAAACGAUUGUAAAUAUUGGAAUUGCCGUUGGUGUUAUUGCAUCGGCAAUAUUUCAUAUUGUUGUUAAAGAAGAAACUUCAGGAGCAGUUACUGGUGCUUCGCAACAAAGAACUCGUUCUAUUUCAGAACUUUUCAAAGAUUUACAAUUGUAUAAAGUUGCUGCUUUAUACAUGUCAACGCGAUUAUUUUUAAAUUUAACACAAAUUUAUGUGCCAUUGUAUUUACAUGAGACACUACAUAUGGCUGCAACGUCUUUAGCUAUAAUUCCAUUAAUUAUGUACCUGAGUAGCUUUAAAGCCUCAUUGAUUGUCAAGUAUUUAAAUAGCAAAUUUGGAAGAAAAAUUGCCUACACGAUUGGCGUUGUUCUCGCUCUGUUUGCCUGUGGGGCAAUUAAAUUUGGACACGGGGAUUUCUUUGUUUCGUAUGGAAUUUAUCCGGUCUCGCUUAUGUUGGGAAGUGCGGGAUCUUUUAUGCUUGUGACGAGUCUAGGCAUAACUGCAGAUUACAUUGGAGAAAAAGCAGAAGGUGGUGCAUUUAUUUACGGCCUCAUGAGUUUUACAGAUAAAUUAAGCAAUGGUUUGGUUGUCAUUGUCAUACAAUUUUUGAAGCAUAAGGGACAAAGUCCAGAUUAUUAUUGUAAUAUUCUAACUUUCGUUUGUGGAGGAUCGGCCCUUUUCGCCCUAAUUAUAUUACUUUUCAUCAAACCGUUUCAACAAUAUUCUGCUUACAGAAAUAUUAAUCAAGAAACUCUCGAUGACGACAAUACAACGAUACAAAGUUAAUCAGCUUUAAUCAAAAUAAUUAUUUAAACAAAAUAUCUAUUAUUUCGUUUUAAAAAUCAAAUUCAAAUUUCAGCAUUGAAUGCUCGAAAAUUAAUGAAGCUGGCUUCAAAAUAAUUUUUAUAGAUAAGUUCUUUAAAAAAAGAGAAUAUUUUUUAUUAAUAAUGAUGAUGAUGAUGAAAAGCAUAUUUCAAUCACAUUUUAAGACGCAAUUUCUAAGACCUACAUCUUCAGAAGAAAUACUUAUUAAAAUCUUGGAAAGUUUGUAAAAAAAAUGUGAAAAAUAGAUUUUAGUUUGUUUUUUAAGAAAAAAACAAUUGUUUUAUAUAAAAUAUUAAUUUAUAUUCCGUAUGAGAAUAAAUUAAUUUUAUUUCCA